UGAUAUGACUUUUUCGGGGGGGUGGGACCCAUUUUCACGAGCGGCCACACCCCGUGGCCCAUUUCUCCGGGCUGGGGACGAGCCGAGCGCUGCCCGUGUCCCCGUCCCCCCCGAAGGACAGCGCAGCUCCGUCGCCUCCCCGGCGCUCUCAGCAGCUCCAAGGGCGUUUCCCGGUGCCGGGGCGGGCGUUGGCUCUGGGGAGAGCCCCGGGGCACCCGCGGGUGCCGCACCCACGGGGAGGGCAGGGCGUUGGCCGCCCCCCGCGCCCCCUCCCCAGCCCCGCCGCCCGCGGGCGCUGAUUCACCGCGAUUUUCCUUUUAAGGCCGCGCUCGGCGGGGAGGAAGCAGAGGAGGAGGAGGAGGAGGACACUCCUUGGACCUGGCUGGCUCCUCCUGCUCUCGCUCGAGGCUCCGACGCGCGGCCAAAAGCGAAUCCCGGCGGCGGCGCUCGGCAGAGGCUCCGACGGCUCCCGGCCCCGCUGCUCGCCCGACGCCCGCGUCCCAGCCAUGGCAAGAAACCAGCAGGUGCAGAAGGCCAAGCUGGCCGAGCAGGCUGAGCGCUACGAGGACAUGGCAGACUUCAUGAAGGCCGUGGUGGAGCACGGGGACGAGCUGUCCAACGAGGAGCGCAACCUGCUCUCCGUGGCCUACAAGAACGUGGUGGGCUGCCAGCGCUCGGCCUGGAGGGUCAUCUCCAGCAUCGAGCACAAAACCGAGGAGGGCGACGACAAGGCGCAGGUGGUGAACGAGUACCGGGAGAAGGUGGAGCAGGAGCUGAACGCCGUCUGCAACAACGUGCUGGGCUUGCUGGACAAGUAUCUCAUCAAGAAGGACAGCGACACCGAGAGCAAGGUCUUCUACCUGAAGAUGAAGGGCGACUAUUUCCGAUACCUGGCCGAGGUGGCCAGCGGGGACGACCGCCUGUCGACGAUAGAGAAGGCCCAGGAGGCCUACCAAGAGGCCAUGGACAUCAGCAAAAAGGAGAUGCAGCCCACGAACCCCAUCCGCCUAGGGCUGGCCCUCAACUUCUCCGUGUUCCACUACGAGAUCGCCAACGCCCCCGAGCAGGCCAUCUCCCUGGCCAAGACCACCUUCGACGAGGCCAUGGGCGACCUGCACACGCUCAGCGAAGACUCCUACAAGGACAGCACCCUCAUCAUGCAGCUGCUCAGGGACAACCUCACGCUAUGGACAGCCGAGUGUGCUGGCGAAGACGGCGGCGAGGCUGGCGAAGAGCCCAAGAACUGAGCGUCCCCUGCCCCGCUCCAGACCCUUCGGCAUCUCUUCAUGGUUUUUUUUUUUUUUUUUGUCGUUUUUUUUUGAAUUUUUUUUUGGUCGGUUUUGGUGGGGAGGAGUCUCAGCUCCCCCCCCAGCCUGGAUACCGGGAGUGGGGGUGGUUUUGGCAGGGUCCCUCCCUCCCUCUCCCCCAUCCUCUGCUCUGGGGAGGGGUUAAAGAGGGAGAGGGGGUGCCUCUGUCCCAGAGAGCUGCCAGCCCCCAGCUAUUUAACAUUUUUUUGUGGGGGGUGUCCUGUCUGGCUUGUGCCAGCUCCAAACCCCCUGUCCCAGAGGGCUGGAGCAGCGACAGGAGGAGGUGAGGGGCUGGGCCGGGGUGAGGGGGGUCCGGGCAGCCCCCCCAUUCCGGGAGGGGGUCUCGUGUUGCCUCUGUGCUCCAAUAAACCUUCUCCUGCACCUCUGCUCUCG